AUGCUUUCACAAUUUUUUCUGUUCACUGGAAAUAAAAUAAUUCUAAAUAGCCGUAAUAAUUCUGCUUUGAAGGAGUUCAUAUUGCCCGAAUGGAUUGAUAAUUCUAAUUCUGAACUAGAUCCUGUCAAAGUAGAUGCGAUUUCAACUACGGAUUCAAGCAAGGUACUGAAAAAGAUUAGACCAUUUCAUCUGAACCAGCUGACUGUCUUCAACAGCAACCCUUACAAGCUCUCGAAAACUAUACUAAAAAAUCCGCUGUUGAAACAUCUGUGGAAACUAAGAAGUAGUCCUUCAUAUCGUAAACAUACUUGCAAACGGCUUAUAAUUAAUUCAAGUAUCGUUAAACACACGUUCAUACACACGGAUGCUAAAUUCGAUAAUAUCUUGACUACUGACAAAGAAUUGAUAGACUUUGUACUCUCUAAUCCCACGUAUACUCAGAGAUUUUCCAGGAUACAACUGGUUGAGAAACAUAUAUUACAACAUUGUCUAAGGGGUACCAAAGAGGCUUAUCAAGUUGUAGAUACAAUAGCUGAAAUCACAAUUCCUGAACCUUCCGACUGUCGUAAACCUAGGUUAGUAGUUGCUUUUGAUAAUAUAAAAUAUACGAACAAUUUGGGCUCAUUGAUACGCACAUCAUUGGCAUUGAAUGUUGAUUUGUUGUAUUAUUUGAAAGGUACCACUGAGCCGUUUAAUUGGAAGGUUUCUUCGGUAACUGGGGGGCUUCAAUUUCUUAUUCCACAUAAAUGUGGAACUGUUAACGAUUUGAAACAAUUUUGUAAAAGGAAGAACCUCUUACCGGUAGUUGCCCAUAUAGAGGGAGACCCUAUAGACUCUAUAAAGUUCAAGGGAAAAGGACUUUGUAUAAUAUUAGGGAACGAAUCCGAAGGUCCAGAUACUAGGAUUUUGUCAUUUUCUAGAAGGGUAGCGUUGCCUAUGCAUCCCUUCAUGAACUCGUUGAAUGUGUCUAUAGCAGGUGCUAUAUUAAUUCACCAACUUCAAUAUACUCUUUUGAACUCGCGGUAG